UACAACUGCACCAGUGGUGCGCACGGGACACGGGGGCGAGCAAUGAGUCCUUUCACAGAGGCACAACAGUGAACGUCUCAGAUCGGUUCAGAAGCAGCAGCAGUAGCAUCACACGCGUGAAGUUCAGCGCGCGCGGACACGGACGUGCCAGAUGGCGGGAGCGCAGCCUGGAGUUCACGCGCUCCAGCUCAAACGCGUUUCGGUGCCCGAGAGCCUGAGGACCGGCGACAAAUUCAUUAAAUGGGACGAUGACUGCACCACAGUUACGCCGGUGACACUGCGCGUUGACCCACGGGGCUACUACCUGUACUGGACCGAUCAGAAUAAGGAGACCGACCUGUUAGACGUCUCCCUCAUCAAGGAUACAAGAAAUGGGAAAUUUGCCAAGACGCCAAAGGAGGCCAAGCUGCGAGAGCUUCUGGGUGUGGCGACUCUGGAGGGGAAGCUGGAGAACAGGACGCUCACAGUGGUCAGUGGUGCGGACAUGGUCAACAUCGCCUUCCUGAACUUUACGGCCUUCAAUGAAGAGGUGGCCAAGGAGUGGGCCGAGGAGCUUUUUAGCUUGGCGUCCAACCUGUUGGCACAGAACAUGUCCAGAGAAUCCUGUCUGGAGAAAGUGUACACGAGACUGACGUUACAGCUAACGGCCGAUGGUGGGAUUCCUGUGAAAAACAUCUUCCGUCUGUUCUCGGCCGACAGACGGCGAGUUGAAAACGCUCUGGAGGUCUGCGGCCUGCCGACGGGACGAAGCGACACCAUUCCUCAGGAUACAUUUACAUCUGACGUAUACCGACAGCUACUGAACAACAUUUGUCCGCGGAAUGACAUCGAUACGAUUUUCUCAGAAAUCGGCGCUAAGAUCCGGCCGUACCUCACCGUAGAGCAGAUGACGGAUUUCCUGAACAACAGACAGAGAGACCCCCGUCUGAAUGAGAUCCUGUACCCGCCCCUCAAAGCCGAGCAAGUGCAGGGAUUGGUGGACAAAUAUGAGCCUGACACCAUGCUUUCAGGAAGAGGGCAGAUUUCUGUGGAGGGCUUCGCCAGAUAUCUGAGCGGAGAAGAAAACAGUAUCAUCCCUCCAGAGAAGCUGGACCAGAGUGAAGACAUGACGUUGCCGCUCUCGCAUUACUUCAUCAACUCCUCGCACAACACCUACCUCACAGCGGGUCAGCUGGCGGGAAACUCGUCUGUGGAGAUGUACCGGCAGGUUCUGCUGUCCGGCUGUCGCUGUAUAGAGCUGGACUGCUGGAAGGGCCGCGCCGCCGACGAGGAGCCCGUCAUCACACACGGCUUCACCAUGACCUCGGAGAUCUCCUUCAAGGAGGUGAUUGAGGCCAUCGCAGAGAGCGCCUUCAAGACGUCUCCAUUGCCUGUCAUCCUGUCCUUCGAGAACCAUGUGGACUCGCCUAAACAGCAGGCAAAGAUGGCCGAGUACUGCCGAUCAAUAUUUGGAGACGCGUUGCUCACAGACCCGCUGGAGAAAUACCCCUUGGAGGUCGGUGUUCCUCUGCCCAGCCCCGUGGAUCUGAUUGGCAAAAUCCUCAUUAAGAACAAGAAGAAUUCCCACAAAGCCGACGGCAGCACCAAGAAGAAGCUCUCAGAGCAAACGUCCAACACCUGCAGCGACACGUCCAGCAUGUGUGAGCCCUCGUCUCCCAGCGCAGGGUCAACACACCAGGAGAUGCCAGACAGCCUUCAUGCAGACGGGAACGAGAAAGGUGAAAGAAGAUUGCAGGGAAUGAAAUCCAUUGAUAAAACGACAGGGUCGUUAUCAAAUACCGUGUGUCUGGCUGAUGACAAAGGAGAAGCGGAUGCAGAGAGUGAUGCGGACGAAGAUAACGAUGAAAAUAAGAAGUCCAUGGAUGAGGGGACGGUAAAUGAAGCCUUCGCCACAGAGGAGAUGUCCAACUUAGUCAACUACAUUCAGCCUGUUAAAUUCAACUCCUUCGAGGCGUGCAAAAAAAUCGAUCGAAGUUAUGAAAUGUCCUCAUUUGUGGAGACCAAAGCACUGGAGCUGCUCAAAGAAAAGCCAGUGGAGUUCGUCGAGUAUAAUAAACUGCAGCUGAGCAGAAUUUAUCCCAAAGGAACUCGAGUCGACUCCUCAAAUUACAUGCCUCAAGUCUUCUGGAACGCCGGGUGUCAGCUGGUCGCUCUGAACUUCCAGACCAUAGAUCUGCCCAUGCAGCUGAAUCUGGGCAUAUUUGAGUACAACGGGAAAUGUGGCUACAGACUGAAGCCAGAGUUCAUGAGACGAACGGACAAACAGUUUGACCCGUUCACUCAGAAUACGGUAGACGGGAUCGUAGCGCACACGCUGUCUGUGAAGAUCAUAUCCGGUCAGUUUCUGUCCGAUAAGAGAGUCGGCGUUUACGUGGAGGUGGAAAUGUUCGGCCUGCCGGUGGACACCAAACGGAAAGCGUUUAAGUCCAAGACAUCUCAAGGCAACGCUGUCAAUCCGGUGUGGGAUGAAGAUCCAGUGGUCUUCAAAAGAGUGGUUCUUCCCACGCUCGCGUCGUUGAGGAUAGCCGUGUACGAAGACGGCGGGAAAUUUAUCGGCCAUCGCAUCAUCCCGGUGUGUGCCAUCCGACCCGGAUAUCACUACAUCGGUCUGAGGAAUGAGAAGAACCAAGCGCUGACGCUUCCGUCCGUGUUCGUCUACACUGAGGUCAAGGACUACGUCCCAGACACCUUUGCAGAUGUGAUCGAGGCCCUGUCCAAUCCCAUCCUGUACGUCAGUCUGAUGGAGCAGAGAGCCAGUCAGCUGGCGGCUCUGACGCAGGAGGAGGGAGCGCAGGAGGCCGACAAAGAAGAGGUCAAUAGCGGUGGAGAUCCUGUGUCAGAGGUCAAGACUGACCCAAAACCCACCACAGCCACAGAGAACGGACUGAAUCACGACAACAUCUCGCCCAAAUCAUCCGUGGUCAGUCACCAGACUUCAUCCUCAGGGUCGGUCAAACCUGCUGUGAAGUCUGAGGAUGUUGUCCUGAGUGUUUUAACAGAGGUGGACGCUCAGACUGUAGAUGAACUGAAACAGCUGAAGGCUUAUUUGAGGGAGCAGAAGAGGCAGUACAAAGAACUAAAGGAGCUCGUGAGGAAACACAACAAGAAGACCAACGACCUGAUCAAUGAACACGCGGCCAAACAGAAGCAGUUGCACAGCGACUUCCUCCGGCGCAGGUCGGCGCUGCAGAAGAGGAGUGUGUCGGAUCAGGAUCUGAUGGCUCUGGAGCAGGAGAGAUGCGAGAAACUGAGUGAACUGAAGGAGCAGCAGCAGCGGCAGCUCCUCACGCUCAGACAGGAGCAGUUCUACAGCGAGAAGUACCUCAAACGAGAGCACGUCAAACUGCUUGUUGAGAAACUGACGGCCGUGGCAGAAGAGUGUCAGAAUAACCAGCUGAAGAAACUGAAGGAUCUGUGUGAGAAAGAAAACAAAGACUUGAAGAAAAGGAUGGAUAAGAGACGACAGGAGAAGUUUCAAGAAGCUCGAAUGCUGGAGAAGACUCUGACUGAGGAGAAAAAGAUGGAGAUGAACAGAUCACACGUGAAUGAGGUGGUGCAGUCCAUCAAACGGCUGGAAGAAGCUCAGGCCAAACGACUGGACAGAUUGCUGGAAAAACAUAAAGAUAUUCGACAGCAAAUCCUAGAUGACAAACCAAAGCUCCAGAGCGAACUGGACCAGGAGUAUCAGGACAAGUUUCGGAGACUUCCAGUGGAAAUCCAAGAAUUUGUGCAGGAUUUUGCUGCUUGUAAAGGCAAGUUAAGCCAAGACAGUGACUUUCUUCCCAUUUCCACAACGACGGAGAAGCUCAACCACGCGGCGCUCUCGCCAGGCGAGGACGUGGAGGAACGAUCGCCAGAGAUAGUCUUCGACACGCCACUUUGAAUUUGUUGUACCUUUGUAAACACGUUUUUGUACUCAAUGUGCUGUUGAGUUUUCCCUGAUUUAAUGUGCACCUUUUAGUAUGACGACUGGAUGACUUACUUGAACAAUGUUAAAAAUAAUUGUCCUGUUUUCUUACUUUUAAAACUUUUAGUUUUCACAAGAACUUGCUGCUUAUGCGGAUUGAAAUACGCGUACGUGUUUAGACGGACUCUCGUGUACGUUUAGAUGAGUCUUACUGUCUCUUAAAGAUUCUGAACAGCUCUUGAAGUCUUUUAAUAUAAAGUUUAGGCUCUAUAUAAGUCACCCAUGUUAUCCUGGACCGUUCUGACACAAUUUAGAUUUUGUACAAAUUCAUUUUUACAUGUAUAAAACAACGCACAGACAUGAAACAUAAAAGCAUCAAGUGAAUAAGUUGCUUGCACGUUACUGUACAGAAAUGUGAUGUGAAAGUAAAGCAUUCUUGUACAACAUGCAUAGAGAGAUCUACAUCACAUUUAUGCAUUCGGCAGACUUGCGCUGCAUUCAAAGAUCACAUGCGAUCAGUUCAUUCAUUCCCUGGGAAUCGAACCCGUGACCUUGACGUUACUAGCGUUUGAUCCACUGUUUGAGCUGCAGGAUGAUGUUUAGUAAAGGUGUUCAAUAAAGAUUCGUAUGUGCCACAAAGAGGAAUAUCUGACCACAAAUACACUGUGGGAGAAUGUUUAAACAAACUCUACGCAAUUGACCACAGUCACGACUGGACCAAAGUUUUCAAAUGAAGAUGAAGACAACAGACAAUGUCAUUAAUGUGAUGAAUGUAUCUACAGUGGAACGCUGCCUGUUUCUGAGGAUCUUUUAUCAAUGUUUACGAGAUGAUUGGCGUCGCGUGACGUGUCCGAUAUUCACCCGUGUCAAAACGACACCAGUGCCACAAACAUCUGAGACGUGCCUGUAGAUGCACAUGAACGGCGUCUCGUUCGAGGUGUUUGCGAGUCCUGUGCUUCUGAACACGUUUACCUUCUUAAUGCAUCAUAUGUACAUUUGUCAUUGUAAUAUAACAGUCUGUGGGCGUCUAGUGCACUGAUGAGUAAAGCUUGUGACUAGCAGUAUUUCAGAGAAAUGUUACAUUCAUAGAGACGCUCCUUUCACUUGAAGUUCCUCCACACUGAUGUUGAUGUACCUAAAGCUUCUUGAAAUCAUGUGUAAAGUGUAAGCGAGUUAAUAAAUGCCUGUGGAUGAAAUAAA